AUGGAGUCUAUGGAGGACCAGGCGAAACGCCAAAGCUGCGUCGAGGCGGAUCUCCAGGCAGUUCGGCAUGGAGUGCAAGAUCUUGCUGAGCGCUUGCGAGAGGAGCAGCUGCAGCAGCAGAGAGCGCUGUGCCGCGUGGAGCAGCAGAUUUCCGAGCUCCGUGCCUUGAUGGCUCGACCCGCAGAGGCCACAGCACCUGCAGCCAGCACGCCUGAAGUCACCCUCGAGAGCGACAAAGACUGGGCGAGGAAUUCUCUGGAAGGGGAGGUGCGUGCACUUCGCCUGGAGAUGGACGCAAUGAGCCGGAAGAUUUCCGAGGAAGCUAGCUGCAAAUGCACAUCCCUGCCCAAUGUUGUGGAGUCAGUCACUGAGGGCCCCCUGAACGACUCGGUGGCCAUCAGCAAUGACAUUUCCGAGAUUCGCAAUCAAAUUGUGGAGGUGGUGCGGUUCGAGCAAGAGGCUUUCCGAGACCGUUAUCUGCUGGAGGCGUCGAACUGCGCGGAGAGCGUCAAAAACUUGGAGCUGACCAUGGGCCACGUGUCGCGAGAGCUCCAAAAGUUGCUGCAGAAAGUCGGCCAAAAGGAAGCAGAAGCCCCGGCUCCUGGCGUUCUCUGCAGUUCAAACAAGACGACCCUUCAGGGGGCCAGUUUCUUGAAGGGCCCAGAUGCUUCGCCAGCCUCUCCUGGUGAAGAGUCGAACGCCACAGCCCUAGGAGGCAUGCAGAGUGCUGCAACCUGCUCUCCCAGAGAGGAGCCUGCAGGAGGCUCUGUUCAAUGGUCCAAGCCGUCCAGACCAUCCAGACCUUCAGCUUUCACUUCGGUGACGCAGCCGGUGAAUGUUGCGCAGGAUGUCCCCUCAAGAUGCGCAGCGCCAGCAAUGCCGCCCCAGUACAGCAACGCGCAGCCCACGAAUGUGUGGCGCCGAAGCCUUGGGAACCCCUCCAUCCCAGCCCAGACGCCUCCGCCGCCAUCAGCGCCGAUUUAUUUCAGAUCACGCAGCCACGAGGGUCCAACUCCAUCUACACAGGAGAGAGUCGUGAUAGCCACCAAGAUGACCUCGCCGGUUGUGGCGCAGGAGCAGACAACAACUCCGAUGAAAUCCAUGCCCCGCAUGGUGGCCACCCCGCAGAUGGUGAAGGACCCCUUCAGGGAGGCCGGGGAUGCCAAGCUGCCGAUAGGCAGAGCUACCAUUGCAGUGCCCUUCGCGCGCGACUGGAAGGGCCAGGCCAUGCCACAGCUCAGCAUGGCCGUUCGAUCAAGCGGAGUGCCUGCCGCGCCCCUGAUGAGAGUUACCCAGGUACAGACGCGGGUGGGCUAG